UCUCACAUCCAAUAGCAAAACACAAGCUUAAUUAGAAAACAAGACUUAACUAAACCUCUACUUUUGUUUGUAAUAACCAAAACAAAAUAGAGCAAACACAAUGGCUUUGGCUCUCAGGUUCUUCAUAUGCUUCGUUUUGACGGUGUGCAUAGUUUCAUCAGUAGAUGCAGAAAUCUCAUGUGGCACAGUGGUAAGUAACUUGGCUCCAUGUGCCAACUACCUUUCAAAAGGUGGUGUGGUACCGGAUCUGUGUUGUGAAGGAGUUGAAAAGUUGAACGGUGUGGCUCAAACCAUGCCGAUGCCUACAGUCCAUUGCAAAGGGCAUUUCUGGUCUCAACCCAAGUCUAGCCUCUGGUCUUCCUGAAGAGUGCGGUGUUAGCAUUCCCUAUCCCAUUUCCUUGAGCACUAACUGCGACAACGUCGAGUGAAGUUGGAGCUUAAUUAUAUAUAUAUGUAUAAUCAGAUUAUGGUUUUAACAUAAGUAAAAUAAAAUGUCUAUGUACGUACGCUGAUCUCACCGUGCCUUUUUCUUGUGGCUUUGUAAUCUUUUGGUUGUUCUGAAUUGUAACUUAUCAUGUUAAAGAUAAUAAUAACACCUUAAUUAAUCCUC